GUUUGCGGCCUAUGCGAGUCGGUGCUUCAGACCCAGUCUCUUAGUCGAGAGGCGCGCUGAAACCUCGAACCGGUGGAGCCCAUUCGUAACCUGGCACCCAGAGGCCGCGAAGGCCGUCCCGUUUUCUCAGCGGCGGGUACUAUACCAACUGCCUUCCUAAGAAAGUGCUGAGAUAGAGUAUUAUUAUAAUACAAGAGCUUCUGAGUCUAUCCUGAACUUAGUUCGUGUACAUUUUGGGAACUUAUUUUAGAAAAGAUCUAAGUUUUAAAAAUUCUCAAUGGACAGACAGAGAAAAGAGGGUCUUUGCCAACUCCUUUGGACUGGUGCAGUAAGAAUGUCUUUCCCCCCUCAUUUGAAUCGUCCUCCCAUGGGAAUCCCAGCACUCCCUCCAGGGAUCCCACCCCCACAGUUUCCUGGCUUCCCUCCACCUGUACCUCCAGGGACCCCAAUGAUACCUGUACCAAUGAGUAUAAUGGCUCCUGCUCCAACUGUUCUAGUACCUACCGUGUCCAUGGUUGGAAAACAUUUGGGAGCAAGAAAGGAUCAUCCAGGCUUAAAGAUUAAAGAAAAUGACGAGAAUUGUGGACCUACUACUACAGUUUUUGUUGGCAACAUUUCUGAGAAAGCCUCAGAUAUGCUUAUACGACAGCUCUUAGCUAAAUGUGGUUUGGUGUUAAGCUGGAAGAGAGUUCAAGGUGCUUCUGGAAAACUUCAAGCCUUUGGAUUCUGUGAAUAUAAAGAGCCUGAAUCUACCCUCCGUGCACUCAGAUUAUUGCAUGACCUGCAGAUUGGAGAGAAGAAGCUACUUGUUAAAGUUGAUGCAAAAACAAAGGCACAGUUGGAUGAAUGGAAAGCAAAGAAGAAAGCUAAUGGGAAUGCCAGACCAGAAACUGUCACUAAUGAUGAUGAAGAAGCCUUAGAUGAAGAAACAAAGAGAAGAGACCAGAUGAUUAAAGGGGCCAUUGAAGUUUUAAUACGUGAAUACUCCAGUGAGCUAAAUGCCCCCUCACAGGAGUCUGACUCUCACCCCAGGAAAAAGAAGAAGGAAAAGAAGGAGGACAUUUUCCGUAGAUUCCCAGUGGCCCCCCUGAUCCCUUAUCCACUCAUCACCAAGGAGGAUAUAAAUGCUAUAGAAAUGGAAGAAGACAAAAGAGAUCUGAUAUCCCGAGAGAUCAGCAAAUUCAGAGACACACACAAGAAACUGGAAGAAGAGAAAGGCAAAAAAGAAAAAGAAAGACAGGAAAUUGAGAAAGAACGGAGAGAAAGAGAGAGGGAGCGUGAAAGGGAACGAGAAAGGCGAGAACGGGAACGAGAAAGGGAAAGAGAACGUGAACGAGAAAAGGAAAAAGAACGGGAGCGGGAACGAGAACGGGAUAGGGACCGUGACCGAACAAAGGAGAGAGACCGUGAUCGAGAAAGAGAUCGAGACCGGGAUCGAGAACGGAGCUCAGAUCGAAAUAAAGAUCGGAGUCGAUCAAGAGAAAAAAGCAGAGAUCGUGAAAGGGAACGAGAGAGGGAGAGAGAGAGAGAGCGAGAACGGGAACGAGAGAGAGAACGAGAGCGUGAGCGAGAAAGAGAGAGAGAACGAGAGCGGGAAAGAGAGAAAGACAAGAAAAGAGAUCGAGAAGAGGAUGAAGAGGAUGCAUAUGAACGAAGAAAACUUGAAAGAAAACUCCGAGAGAAAGAAGCUGCUUAUCAAGAGCGCCUUAAGAAUUGGGAAAUCCGAGAACGGAAGAAAACCAGGGAAUAUGAGAAAGAGGCUGAAAGAGAAGAAGAAAGAAGAAGAGAAAUGGCUAAAGAAGCUAAACGGCUCAAAGAAUUCCUAGAAGACUAUGACGAUGAUAGAGAUGAUCCAAAAUAUUACAGGGGGAGUGCUCUUCAAAAAAGGUUGCGAGAUAGAGAAAAAGAAAUGGAAGCUGAUGAACGAGAUCGGAAAAGAGAGAAGGAAGAACUUGAGGAAAUCAGGCAACGCCUUCUGGCAGAAGGGCACCCAGAUCCAGAUGCAGAGCUCCAAAGGAUGGAACAAGAGGCUGAGAGGCGCAGACAACCACAAAUAAAGCAAGAGCCAGAAUCCGAGGAGGAAGAAGAAGAAAAGCAAGAAAAAGAAGAAAAACGAGAAGAGCCUGUUGAAGAAGAAGAAGAACCAGAGCAAAAGCCUUGUCUCAAACCUACUUUGAGGCCCAUCAGCUCUGCCCCAUCUGUGUCCUCUGCCAGUGGCAAUGCAACACCCAACACUCCUGGGGAUGAGUCUCCUUGUGGUAUUAUUAUUCCUCAUGAAAACUCACCAGAUCAACAGCAACCUGAGGAGCACAGGCCAAAAAUAGGACUAAGUCUUAAACUGGGUGCUUCCAAUAGUCCUGGUCAACCUAAUUCUGUGAAGAGAAAGAAACUACCUGUAGAUAGUGUCUUUAACAAAUUUGAGGAUGAAGACAGUGAUGAUGUGCCUCGAAAAAGGAAGCUGGUUCCAUUGGAUUAUGGUGAAGAUGAUAAAAAUGCUGCCAAAGGCACUGUAAACACUGAAGAAAAGCGGAAACACAUUAAGAGUCUCAUUGAGAAAAUUCCCACAGCCAAACCGGAGCUCUUUGCUUAUCCUCUGGAUUGGUCUAUUGUGGAUUCAAUAUUGAUGGAACGAAGAAUUAGGCCAUGGAUCAAUAAGAAAAUUAUAGAAUAUAUAGGAGAAGAAGAAGCUACCUUAGUUGAUUUUGUUUGUUCUAAGGUUAUGGCCCAUAGUUCACCUCAGAGCAUUUUAGAUGAUGUUGCCAUGGUACUAGAUGAAGAAGCUGAAGUUUUUAUAGUCAAAAUGUGGAGAUUAUUGAUAUAUGAAACAGAAGCCAAGAAAAUUGGUCUUGUGAAGUAAACUGUUUUUACAUUGAGUUCUAUUUCAGAUUUCUUCUUUCACACCCUUUAAAGGACCUCGAUUUUCUAUGUCUUCAAAGACAUUUGUGAGAUCUGUAAUUUUUUGUUUUAAUGUAGAAAAUGUGAAUUCUUUUGUCUUAAUUUGCUGAUGCCCUGUGUACUCACUUGGUUGUAAAGUCAUCCAAAUCCUUGGUUCUCUUUAUACUCACCAGGUACAAAUUACUGGUAUGUUUUAUAAGCUGAAGCUACUGUACACAGCCUAUCUGAUAUAUCUUGUUCUGCUGAUUUGUUCCUUGUAAAUACUAAAAUGACUCCCUAAUUCUUUUGCAGAAUUUCACUUCAUAUUAUAACUGAACUGUAUAGGCUCCAACAGAAAAAUUUGAAUACCUGUCAUACCUAUUGCCAUGUCAUCUUGCUCCCCAAUCAAAUGGCCAUUGUGAAGGCGUGGAAUUUAAAAUCAGAGUGCAAAAUCUUGUAGGCAUUCUAUUCCUACUGUAUCUCUCUGUAUUAAUGUGUUUAUGUGAAUGUGUGUAUAAAAGUUUUUCUUAAUUUGAUUUGCUGGGCUCCCUUAAACAUUUCCUAAUUGAUCAAUAGAUUCACAAAGGAAAGAAUAAUUGUGCCAACCCAGAUAUUCAGUGUAAUAAUAUUCUGAGUUUCCCAGAGCAUGGUCUUCUGUAUUGAGCAAAAAGUCUGCUAACAGAAUGGCAGUUCCCUGUAACUAAGUGACUGAUUCAGCUUCUUUACAGGAUUAGAGAUCAUAGUUUCUCCCCUCUCAUAAUUUGAUUGCUCAGAAACUGGAGCAUAUUUUAAAAUUUUGGCCAGUUUUACUGAAUAUAUUUUCCUUUAACAUAUCUUUAGUUUAAUUUGGUGUGCUCCUUUAAAAAACAGAUUUUAUUUAAAAGCAUGAGGUGUCCUUACCCAAAACAAAUGACCAGAGUUUAGGUACCUCAGUGGGAGAGUUCUGCUUAGCAUGAAAGAGGCCAUGGGUUCAGUCUCCAACACCAAUAAAUAAACAAGUAAAUAAAUAAAUGAGUUUAUAAAGGAGAGUUUGAUAAAACACAAUAGUAAUUCACCAUGGCAAUUUAAGUUUACAUCUUCAGAGGAUAUAUCAUUUAAGGCAGUUCCUAGCCAUAAAUUUUUCUUCUGCUCAUUACAGCUUAAAUGUACUAAUGAUAAUGUUUAGAAAAAUACUUUGGACUUUUGCUUAGUAAAUCAGAACAUCACCAGGGAGCAAAACUUAUUUGAAAAGUACCAAGUUCUAAACAGUUCCAUAGCACAUUGAGUGCAGCUGUUGCCAUGUUUAUUUAUUAAAAGAAAGAUAAAGAUUGGCUUGUUAGAAUAGUGUAACUGUGAGCUUGAGUUACUAGAUUUUUUUUUUUUUUUUUACAUCUCGAGAGGACAUUCAUCAACUGUUCUUAAUGUUGAACCAUUACAUGGUUCCAUUAUGUAAAUAUUUCAAUUAUUAAAAAAUGUAUAUAUUGGA